AGUGUUAAAAUAAAAAUCUUCAAAUUGAUUUCUCAAGAUAUCUAAUAUUCGUUCAACUAAAGGCUAUUGUUAAAUAUUUAAUGUAUCUUAGAGUAAAAAGAGAAACACAUAGGAGCAAAGAAAAAUAUUCUUCUUAUCCUUCUCCCUAUGAAUUUCAUCUCGAUGGGCGUAGUGUACCAUUAGCUAUCGAUUUUUCACAAAGAAUGCUGGAGCGCAUUCGCAGAAGACAAACUGCAGUGAUUCUUCUAUUAGAUCUCUUUCCGCUGUCUAAGCGUUUCAAAUUAUAAAACGGUUGCUGCUAGUUUUAUGUACAUUUUCUUAAAUUUUUUCAUGGAUUAUGUAUUUAAAAAAAUUGUUAGUUUUGUUCGUUAUUUUCCACAUAAUUGACGCAAGUGGCAUAAUACCGGGACCAAAAAAUUAUGAAGCAAAUCCUGAUGCUAAAAGAUUAUAUGAUGAUUUAUUAUCAAAUUAUAACAGACUUAUACGACCUGUGGUCAAUAAUACUGAAACCCUGACUAUUUGGUUGGGUUUAAAAUUAUCACAGCUUAUUGAAAUGAACUUAAAGAAUCAGGUGAUGACCACCAAUGUCUGGGUAGAACAAAAAUGGUAUGAUUAUAAGUUACAAUGGGAUCCUGAAGAGUAUGGAGGAGUGGAGAUGUUAUAUGUUCCUUCAGAAAAUUUGUGGCUGCCCGAUAUCGUUCUUUACAACAAUGCUGAUGGGAAUUAUGAAGUAACUCUAAUGACCAAAGCAACGUUAAAAUACACUGGAGAAGUAUCUUGGAAACCACCAGCAAUCUACAAAUCUUCAUGUGAAAUAAACGUUGAAUAUUUCCCAUUUGAUGAACAGUCAUGUUUGAUGAAGUUUGGUUCAUGGACCUAUAAUGGAGCUCAAAUAGAUUUAAAACACAUGUUGCAAGAACCAGGCUCUAAUUUAGUAGCUACUGGAAUUGAUCUAAGUGAUUUUUAUCUAUCUGUCGAAUGGGAUAUCCUUGAAGUACCAGCUGCAAGGAAUGAAGAAUACUAUCCCUGUUGUUUAGAGCCAUAUUCCGAUAUAACUUUCAAUAUUACAAUGAGAAGAAAGACGUUAUUUUAUACAGUUAAUCUUAUCAUUCCUUGUGUAGGAAUUACUUUUUUGACCGUACUAGUGUUCUAUUUGCCAAGUGAUUCUGGGGAAAAGGUUUCAUUGUGUUCAUCAAUUUUACUGUCUCUUACAGUGUUUUUCCUGCUUUUAGCAGAAAUUAUUCCCCCAACAUCUCUAGCUAUACCAUUGCUUGGGAAAUAUUUACUAUUUACAAUGAUUCUUGUCACAUUAUCUAUAUGGAUUACUGUAGUGGUCUUAAAUGUUCAUUUUCGAUCACCUUCUACACAUAAAAUGUCAAAUUGGGUUCGUCAAGUAUUUUUAAAUUGGAUGCCACGUGUUUUAAUGAUGCAGCGUACACCUUACGCUACUCCUGAAUACACUGAUAUAUGUGUUGAUAAUGGAUAUUCUAAUGAUGUCGACUACAGUUAUGGUGAUAACGGAAGUGAAUAUACAACGGAUUUAAAAGAAAAUCCUGACGAAAUAGACCGAGUAACCUUGGGUUAUAAAAAUAUGGAUGAUGAAGAUGGACAUGUACCUCAUGGAUCUAGCCAAGAUAGCGAUAACAUAAUGCUCAAAAAUUUAUCUCCGGAUGUUCUUUCUGCCUUAAAGGGUGUCCGUUUUAUUGCACAACACAUUAAAGAUGCUGACAAAGACAACGAAGUUAUUGAAGACUGGAAAUAUGUUGCAAUGGUUCUAGACAGAUUAUUCCUCUGGGUUUUUACAUUUGCGUGUACUGGAGGUACAGCAGGAAUAAUUUUACAGGCACCGAGUCUGUACGACACACGAGUAGCGAUCGAUCAUAAUCGAUCUCCAGGUAUACCAAUGCGUGGAGGUAGAGAUAUGAGGCAUUUUGGAAUUAGUGAUUUUGAUGGUAUUUUUCAUGAAAAAUCACUUUGAAGUUAAUGAUGCUCAGUCUUUAAAUAUAAUGAAAUUAUAAUAUUUAAAAUGUACAAAUAAACAUAUUGUUGCGGCCCUUA